ACCGCCAUGUCAACCACCACCACGACCCAAAAUUUCGCUCAGAACGACAACUACAAGCCGAUCGCCUCGUUUUGGAACCACCAGCUGAGGAAGCAGAUCAACAAAAAGAUCCAAUAUCCCUUCGAGCUCGACGAUUUCCAGAAACGGGCCAUUUACCGGGUCGAGCUGAAUCAGAACGUCUUCGUGGCAGCGCACACUUCCGCCGGAAAAACGGUGGUCGCCGAGUAUGCGAUUGCGAACGCGCUGUUCGACCGGAAGAUUGCGAUCUACACGAGCCCAAUCAAGGCUCUGUCGAACCAGAAAUUCCGGGAAUUCAAGGAGAAGUUCCCGGGGCGAAAAAUCGGAAUUGUCACCGGGGACGUGUCUCUGAACCCAGACGCGGACGUGUUGAUAGUGACGACGGAAAUUUUGCGAUCGGUCUUGUACAAGCACGCGGAAUUGCGGGCUGCCGCUGUUCUUGCUGCGGACAAGCAGAAUGGGAUCAACACGACUGCGACUGGUCGUGAAGACACGACAACCGGUAACAACAUCAAUCUCGACGAUGAGAAGCUUCAUCUCCACCUAUCAAAAGGCCAACAACAACAUCAGCAAUACAACCAGUCAAAGAGACAGAUGCGUGAGAUCGGGACGGUAAUUUUCGAUGAGAUCCACUAUCUCAAUGACUACGAGAGGGGGGUGGUGUGGGAGGAGGUGAUCAUUUUACUUCCGAAGCAAAUUCCCUUAGUCUUCCUCUCCGCCACCGUGUCCAACGUGGAGCAAUUUGGGGACUGGGUGGGCCGGCUGAAGAAGAAGAAACUGUACUACGUGUCGACGAACUUCCGACCGACUCCGCUGGAACAUAAGCUGUUCCACAAAGGGGAGAGCUACGAUUUGCUUCUACCGUUAAACAACAGUAACAAUGCUGGUGACACAACCCCGACGCCUGUCAAUGCGCAGCAGAAUCAGCAGCAAGUGAUGGAGAAUUCCAUGGCGAAUGUGUGGAAAACGAUCUUGAUAGCGGAAAAAGAGAAGCAAAAGGCAAAGAUUUUGCGGUCCACAGUGAAAACACUGACGUUGGAAUUUGACAGACGACCUUUCGGUAUGACGCCCGUGUCGACGGCUGUGACUGCGGCAAAGGAGAAUGAGAAGAAAGGCGCGGGGAAAAAGCAGGGACAAGCUGCAAAAGCGAAGGCAGCGCCUGGGGCCAAGGCGAAAAAGGACAGCACAAGUACAGGAACUAGCGCAGAAACAAGCAAAAAGCCGGCCGAAGGCGACAACAAGGACGAUGAUAGUAUCAUCGGCUACACAGUAGAGAAAGUAAACCAAUCAGAUUUCACGAAGCCAGCGGCCAAGCUGGGGGUCAAGCCAGGGUGGGUGAUUGAAGAAAUCGAAGGUGAGAAGGUUAGCGAAAAACCGCUGGCGGACAUUCAGCAAAUCCUGAAAUCCGCCGAGCUGCCGAUAAGUGUCACGUUUCAGAUCGAAAAAAAUGUGAAGUCUUCUUCGUCCGGUGCAGGCGGAACCUCUACUUCGUCCAACACCAACAACCAGAAAAACACGAAGAACCCGUAUCAGAAGCAGGAAAACGAGAGCCAGCAGCUGCAGAUCCUGUUGACGAAAUUGAAACAGGAGGACAAGCUUCCCGCGACGGUGUUCGUUUUUUCCAGGAAGAAGUGCGUGGAUUUCGCGACGAGGCUAUCCAGGAAAAAACACCCAUCCCCAUCCAAUUUGUGAUGCAAAACAUGCACAAAAUCCACCAUCUGUCAUGCAAAAAAUGGAUGGGGAUGGGUGUUUUUUCCUGGAUAGAGGCUGCCGAACACGCUAGAUUUCUGCCCUUCCGGCGCGGAAAAGCGGAAGAUCCGGCAGCUGUUGGAUCAAGCGUUCCAGCAGGUGCAAGUGCAGGUGCAAUUGGCCAAUUCCAACUUGGAAAUCAUGGCCAACGCGGGUGGAGGAGUCGGCGGUAGUCCGUACUAUGGCAACGACGGAGGAGCAGCAGCCGGAGCCGGACAUCUUCACACAACGACCACUACACCCGCGGCCGUGCACAUCUUCGACGAGAUGCCGCACAUCCAGCUGAUGCAGUCGCUGGCCCUGCGGGGGAUCGGGUUUCACCACAGUGGGUUGCUGCCGAUUACGAAGGAGAUCACGGAAAUUUUGUUUUCCCAGGGCCUGCUGAAGGUUCUGUUUGCCACCGAAACUUUCGCUAUGGGUGUGAACAUGCCCGCACGGUCCGUGAUUUUUACGCAAAUUGAAAAGCAUGACGGACAGGAAUUCCGCUAUUUGAAACCCUCGGAGUACACGCAGAUGGCGGGGCGGGCAGGCCGGCGCGGGCUGGAUGACCGGGGGCACGUGUACGUGCUCGCAGCAAACGACUUGCCGGACAAAAGGGAAUUGUCUUUGAUGAUGCUUUCGAAGGUAAAUCCGUUGAAAAGUCAGUUCCGCGUCACCUACAAAAUGCUGCUCAGCUGCAUGAGCGCG